UAGAAAUUAGAGGCAUCGGGAACUAAUCACUGAUCAGCAGUUUUGCAGCGUGUGGGACUUUAUUUCGAUGUAACAAACAGCAACAACUGGAUUAAUUUUGGAUUUUUAUGAAGAUUUUACAGAUAAGGAAGAUUCCAGAAAUCAGCAACUAUGCCCAAGGUAACCAUACGCAAGCAUGUUGUCAGGAAAGUUCUAGACAACUACAUCACUCCUAAUGAGAAACAGCAGAUUAUGAAGAUUUCGGGAACCAAUGGCAAUAACCUCCACAAGGCUGUGACAGAAAGUGGUGAGAGUUUUCUGCUCACCAUGCCCAAAAAGUUCCGCAAGAUCUUCUGGAUCAAAAGAGGUGAUUUUGUGAUUGUUGAUCCUAUUGAGGAAGGUGACAAGGUGAAAGGAGAGAUCAGCUUCAUUCUGUACACGGACCAUAUUAACUAUUUGAGGAAACUUGGCAUCUGGCCUAAAGGAUUUGAGGCAGGAGGAGUAAGAGAGCAGCUGCAGGAAGAAGCACAGAAAGAUGAGACUAAAACCAAAGAGCAAGAUGAGGAAGAGAAUGACUGUGACAACAGCGAUUCUGACAAUGAACUGGACCUUUUUGUUAACACAAACCGAGACACUGUGUGGUACAGAGAGAGUGAUGAAGACUCAGAUGAAGAUGACGAUGAUGAAAAAGAGGACAAAGAUGAAGAAGGACAAGAGAACUUUUAGUCAAUUCUGUACAUCUAAUGAAGAUGACGAUAAAGA